GCUGCAAGCUGCAAUCGGAGACGAGCUGUGCCUCGGCCGAUUAAUUUAAAAUACUUUCUCAAAAUAAUCAUUCCAUUAUAAAUAUUUAGAAAGUUAUAGUCUCUAUAAAGUACAGUUUCAGGACCAAUAUUAUUCGUAAUGUGGCAGCUCAUAUGAGAGUUAUCCGUGUGAUUCAAUUCACGAGAUCGAAGAACGGAUGGAAUGUUGGUGCUGUGUACAAGGUGGCCGGAAUGAUGCUGGUGCGGAUGAACAUGCGGCUGGCGCUGGGCGCGCUCUGUGCCGCCGUGCUAGUGUUCACACUGUUCUGGGGACACUGUGGGGACCUCUCACGGAGACCCAUAGGCUCAGUGCUAUCGAACGCACUGUCAGAGCGCGCCACCCCGGACGAGAUCGAGUGCACCAUCAACGGCGAGUACUCCGUCACCUGCCGCCGCGACCGCGACCACGACGAGGUGUUCGUGCCUUUCUCCCUCGUGCACAAAUACUUCGAGAUUUACGGAAAAAUAACAACGGCAGACGGUAUAGAGAAAUUCGAAUGGUCACACAGCUAUGGUAAGAUCUACCAUCCAAAGAAGAAGUACGACCCUCGAGGCACGUUCACCACCUUCGAAAAUUAUAACGUGGAAGUCAGGGACCGCGUCAAAUGCAUCAGUGGUAUCGAAGGGGUCCCUGUCAGCACACAGUGGGAACCGCGAGGAUUCUAUUACCCUACACAGAUAGCGCAAUUUGGACUCGCCCAUUAUAGUAAGCACAUUACUGAACCAGAGCCGAAAAGAAGAAUUAUAGAUGAUGGAGAGAAACACUUAGAAAAUUGGAUCAUUAGCAAGGAUGCUUACAUGGCACGAGAGUUUGACACUUCUGUACAAUCGAAUGUACUAAGGUUUUCAACAUCAGACCAUGCGGCCAGUCAAGUUUGGCUCAAAGUGAACGUGACGCAAGACUUCGUGCUGAGUGUGGACCUGCAGCUGAAGGCCAAUUCUUCCAUCACUGUCGUGCUGCAGAAUAAGGAUAAGAAGGAGACUGUGUACCUCCAUUAUGUUACGAGCACGCAGUUAAUUUGGGCGCAGGAUGACCACAUAUACUACGGGAUAGGUUUGGAUCAGCAGUGGCGUCGUAUCACCAGGGACCUGAUCAUCGACAUGCAGAAGGGCUGGGCACUGCAGGACAGGCCCAAGAGAAGGUCGCCUAGGAAUAAGUUCAAGAUAUCGAGUAUAAUCCUGAGCGGCAGUGGUUCUCUGGACAACGUGACGGUGUCGUGGAGCGAGCACAUGUGGCAGUUCUACGCGGCCGCUCGCUGGCUGGUGCGGGCGCAGCGCACGCGCAGUGGCGGCUGGCCCAUACCCGUGCGCCGGCGCAUGGCUGCCGGCGUCGCGGAGCUUAAACCUGGCUGGCACUCGGCAAUGAGCCAAGGGCACGCGAUCUCCCUGUUAUCCCGGGCGUACUACGAGAGUGGUGACGCGACAUACCUUCAGGCCGCCAAGCGCGCGCUGUACUUGCUGGACGUGCCCAGCCACGCCGGCGGAGUCAAAGCCAUGUGGAUGGACAAAUACGUUUGGUACGAAGAAUAUCCAACAAAACCACCGCUAUUCGUUCUCAACGGCUUCAUCUACACGCUACUAGGCCUCUACGAUCUGCACAUCAUCGAGGGAGAAAACUCUAUCUCUUUAGCAAAGAAGAUGUUCGACGAUGGUAUGACAUCCUUGAAGAACUUACUCCCGUUAUUCGAUACAGGUAGUGGAAGCUUCUACGACCUGAGGCAUUUUACUUUAGGAGUCAGCCCUAAUAUAGCCCGCUGGGACUACCACGCGACCCAUGUCAACCAACUUUACCUUCUAGCUGGCCUAGACAACGACCCCAUACUUAUAAACACGGCUAAACGAUGGGAGGGCUACAUGCAAGGAAAGAGGGCGGCACAUAAUUGAGAUCAGAUCUCUGCAGGCGAAACCUGCGUUGUUAUUCUACUAAUCUGUUGAGAUUCGGACGGUGGGCCACGUUUUCUAUUCACAUAAAACUUAUAUCUUCUCUUUAUCCACGGAAUUAACAAAACGGUGAGAUAACGAAAACGUGGCAAAAAGACGUUAUUCAAAAUAACGUUCUUGUUGGUAAAUCUGUUUAUAUGAUUGUGUUCGACAUAAGUCGAACGGAUGUUAUUGGUUCGGAUUCGGUAUCGUUCUAUAACGGUUGCGUAUUCUAAAAUCAAUUCAAACUUUGUUCGUUCGGGGUUUGAACGUACCGAAGUUUGUCGGAGAUACUCGAAUCGAAUAUUCGAGUUCAUGUUUACGAAUUUAGCCGAAGGUAUGCCGAAGUUACUUUUCAAAUACAGAAUUGUAACCGACUGAAUGGGUUUUCGGGGAAUUGAGCCAAAUUGCUCUGGGACUGUCUGACUAUAAGGUAUACAAAAAUACGUUGGUUAGUUUAGAGACCGAUUCAAAUGGGUGUAAAUACUGUCACGAGAAAAUAAAAAAAUAUUUUUCUACGACAAACACAUCAAGUUGUAAGUACCUCCAAUAUAAGAAUCUGUGGCUAAAUAAAGUUUGUACAGUUCAAUAUUGUUAAAGGAUCAACUAGAGCCAUAAGCAAUAAACUUGUUUAGAAAUGUUUCUCGUUGUAGGGUGAGUUUAGUUGAGAAUCUUAAUUAGCUGAAGGUCGAUAAUACUACAUAUCGUAAAAUAAAAACGCUUUCAAAUAUUUGUUUUGAGGUAGUAGCAUUCAAUAGUGAAUACUUUGCAAUAGUGUAGUUGGUCCACUAAUUCAGUGCCAAUAUCGAAUUCUAUACAAUACAACAUAAUGUCAAAAAUUGAUUUAAUCGUUUAAAAUUUUCUUAUCUUAAAACAUUUAUGUUAAUACAAGUGGCUCUAUUCGUGUUGGUAAUACAACAUGGCGCCCAAAAACGACACUAGCGCCACCGCAAGUUGCUUAAGUUACUUCAACAUUAAUUAUUCUGUAAGCCUAGUCUCGACAAAUACACUCGAGUAUUCAACCCAAAGAGAAUUUAUGAAUUUGUAUAAUUAUAUUGUUUUAAUAACAAUUUGAUCAAAUUCAAGCAUUAACCGUUGAAGACUGAUGAAAAAAACAAUUUGUAAUAUUUAAAUAAGAGUACUGAUGCAAGUUAAAUGUGUUUAGGCUAUAAAUUAUUAUUGUUAGUUGAUACUUGCAUGUUAAGCUGGUUUAAAUAUUAUAGUUUUUUUUAAAUUGGCUCUAAUCAUUUGCGAUAUUUAAUUUUUUUGCUAAUUUGGAUUUUUUCAUAGUUGCAAUUUAAACCAUGUUUUCUUAUGUGUGUGUUGAUUAUUUCAGACAUCAAAUUAAAAUAUUUUUUCUAGUAAUUAGCUCGAAGUCGAAUAUCAAUAAUUUUAAGGAUUAUUUUUGACUAAUUUGUGUAAUUGUAAGUUAUUGUUUUUUUGACAUGAAUUAAUAAUUAUGAUAGAAAAUCAUAUCAAACGGUAUAUAGAUUGACACUUAGAUUUUAAUGUGUAAUGAAUAAUAAUGUUAAACUUUAAUAAUAUAGAAAUUAAAUUCAGUUUUCCUUGUGUCGAUCUGACUAACAGUGUCGAAGACACAUCAAGCCUAAUAACUUGAGUUUGACUAUGUAACAUAUUAAUAUGUGUGACAAAGACAACUAUAUUUUAUGUCUUUGUCAGUAAACAUACACACAGCGCCAUUUCUAUAAUAGUGAUUUUCUUGCCAUAACAGAG